UCAAUCUUCAUUACCUAGUACCUACAAGAACAUGCUGUUAUUUGUUUUAGUUAUUUAAUUUUGAAUAUUCAACUUGUUGUAAAAGCACUCUAGUACAUAAAUGGUUAUUUAAAUUGAAGAAAUAAGUUAUUUGAGCUGAGAACAUGAAAUCCACCAGUAAAAGGAGAAAGGGAGCGUUCAAAAGUAAUUUCAAAAAACGAAAACCAAAAGAAAUUGAAAAAGUAAACAAAAAGGCUCUGUUUAAUAGGUAUAAGGAUAAACAAAAAGUUCAAGAAUUAUCCUCAAAAAGAAAGCAAUUAGACGAAAAGUUAAAACUUCAACAAGAAACAUAUUCUGAAAGUGAACAAGAAGAAGACACAUUUGAACAGUUGAUUUCGUGUUUUGCAAACAAAAAAAAUAAUGUAGCAUCAGACAGUGAUGAAGAUGAGUCACCAACCGCUAGUGAUCUGGAGGGUGAUGUACCAAUGAAGUCUCCAGUUUGCAAAAAUAAUUUAAUAAAUUACAGUACCGACCAAGAGAGUGAUGAUGAAGUUGAGGUGUCAGAGAACAUGCAGGUCAUCGCAAAUGAUAAGGAGAGUGAGGAUGAUCCUUUUACUAAACACCUUCAAUAUGAUAUAUCUGAUGAAUUGCUGGUAUCUCUUACAAAUACACCGACAACCGAAGAGCAAAUAAGUAAAGUAUGGCCUGUACUUGGCAAAUAUACUGUCACUAUACCACAACCUCUGGCCACGAUACGUACGAAGACUAAACCAAAAGUGUCAAUAGUUGAAGACACUAUCACAGCACCUAUUGGUAAUGCGCCCCAAAUGUGUAGCCAAGUCAAUUUUGAUAAGCUUUUCAUUAAAUCACAGAUAAGUGGUAACAUUGUCUCAGCAAACAAAACCAAUUUAAUAAAGAGAGACUUAGAACUGAGUGAAGUAUUGACCCCGUUGCAGAGGGAACUAUUUGCUAUAAUGAAUAACUAUCAGGACUUGUACUACCCAUGCAGAUCAUUCACAAAUGCGGAUGAAAUUCGUUUUACAUAUUGCUUACAUGUUGCAAAUCAUAUGUUAAAGACGAGGAUUAAAAUAUUACACCAUAACGCCAAGCUGACAAAGAAGUCUGACGUCCCUGAUGAAUACAGAGAUCAAGGUUUAGUAAGACCCAAGGUGUUAAUAUUAGUGCCAUUCAGAGAUGCUGCAUAUAGAGUUGUAAAAACACUAAUAGAUAUUGUAGUACCUAAGGAGGCCGGCCAAGUUGUAAAUAAGAAACGGUUUGAGGAUGACUUCACUGGUGGUGAGCUCAUAAUGCCAAGCAAGAAUCCCAAGCCAGAAGAUUAUGAACUUCUCUUCAGCGGGAACACUGAAGAUACAUUUAGAUUAGGCUUGACAAUUACAAAGAAAACACUAAAGUUGUACACAGACUUUUAUUCAUCAGAUAUAUUGAUAGCAUCACCUCUGGGUCUGAGAAUGAUUGUUGGCGCAGAGGGAGAAGAAGACAGGGACUAUGACUUUUUGGCUUCCAUCGAGUUGCUGAUACUGGAUCAAGCCGAUGUAUUUCUGAUGCAAAAUUGGGAUCACUUAUUGCAUAUAUUGGAUCAUUUUCAUUUGCAACCAAAAAAGACGCAUGGCACUGACUUUUCUAGAGUUCGGACAUGGGCUGCUAAUGGUUGGUCCAAGUACUAUAGACAGACUCUAUUGUUCUCCUCAAUUUCAUUGCCUGAAAUAAGAUUUAUAAUUAAUAAGAAAUGUCAAAAUUAUGCGGGAAAAGUGAUAGUUGAUAAUCAUUGUGAAACUGGGAGUAUACAACAAGUUAUAUUGCAAGUGCCACAGUUAUUUCACAGAUUCACUGCAACCAGCCCUUUAUCAUCCGUAGAUGCAAGAUUUGAAUAUUUUAUCAAAGAAAUCUUAUCCAAACAGCGAGAUCCACUGAUGAACCACACUUUGAUAUAUGUACCCAGCUAUUUUGACUUUGUGCGCCUGAGGAAUUAUUUUAAGAAAGAAGAUAUAAGCUUUGUACAAAUAUGUGAAUAUUCGAAGGACGGUAAGAUAGCCCGAGCGAGGGACAUGUUCUUUCACACUGAAGCACAUUUCCUCUUGUACUCAGAAAGAGUCCACUUCUUCCGCCGCUUUCGUAUCAAGGGUAUAAGACACUUGAUAUUCUAUCAGCCGCCUACGUAUCCUCAUUUCUAUUCUGAAAUGUGUAAUCUGAUGCAGGAGAGCAACCAGAACAAGUAUGGCGGCAGCUCGUGCAACAUGAGUGUAUCGACGUUGUACAGUAAAUACGACUUGCAGCGGACUAGCGCGGUACUGGGCGCAGAAAGACUUGCACGCGUCGCCGCGUCUGACAAGGCCGUACAUAUGUUCGUGACUGGAGACAAAUAAAUAUACCUUUUUAUGUCAA